AUGCCCGCUUCUCUCUCUCUCUCUCUCCAACAUGCCCGCUUCCCACCCGCACACACCCACUCUACAUUGACCUCCGGACCGUCACAAACCACCAUGGACACGCUCCCCGUCGAGCUCUUUUCCGAGAUCCUCAGCUACCUGCCCCCGGCCUCCCGCGCGUCGGCGCGCCUCACCUCGCGGCCGUUCAACGCCGUGCUCGCCCGGUCCACCUUUGCCCGGCUCCGCGCCUUCCUCGACGACCCGGACGCCGCGCAGGCCGCGCUCCGGCACACGCUGCACGACCUCCCGCGCCGGCCCCGCGCCCUCUGGUCGCCCAACUGCAGCGUGCCCGAAGGCUUGCCGCUGCCCCGGAGCUUCUUGCGCGCCGUGUGCGCCGCGCUCGGUGGCGCCCCCCCGCUGCUGCUGCUGGACGCGUCGGACGAGAGCGGCUCGGACGAGAGCGAGAUGGAGAUGCCGCUCGAGGAGGACGAGGGCGGAGUCGCCGCGAUGCUGCAGCGGCUGCGACGGCCAGAUAUUGACCACUACAGGCUGCGGCAGGCCCUGUUUCGAUAUGCCUUGUAUAAGAGCUACGUGUACGACGGCGAGGGCGAGGCGCCCCAGCUAUGGGUCAUGAACUCGGCAAAGUGGAAGUACCAGCUCUAA